CUCCCAGGCGUUCCGACAUCGCAAUCGAAUUUGAAAUAGAUCGUCGAUAUAUAACCGCCAUUCUUGCCUCCUCUCUAUCAGCCAGACCUAUCGCUCCGCGCAGCCUUUCCAUCUCACCAGCACUUUUCCCCCAGUCCACCAUGUCCAUCGUCGCCAUCACCGGUGCCUCCCGCGGAAUCGGGCUCGAGUUCCUCCGCCAGCUUAUCGCUUCGGACGAGGCCACCAAGGUUAUCGCCCUCGUCCGCAACCCCGACGAUGCCGCCCAGCUGCAGGAAGAGAUCAAGCGCCACCCCGGCCGCGUCCUCGCCGUCAAGCUUGACGUCACCAACGAAGAGUCUGUCAAGAGCGCUGCCAAGGAGGUCGAGAAGCUCUCUCCCGAGGGUAUCGACAUCCUCAUCAACAAUGCCGGCGCCUAUCUCGAGCCCAAGGGCUCGUCGCCCAUUAACACGAGCGCCAAGGAUAUCCUCGCCAGCUAUGCCACCAACACCAUCGGCCCCUUCCUCACGAUCCAGAACUUCUUCCCUCAGCUCCUCAAGCGCCAGAAGCGAACUGUGGUCAACAUCACCUCGGCCAUGGGCUCGAUUGCCUGGAGCAAGCCCAACUCGAUCGCUUACCGAUCGAGCAAGGCCGCUCUCAACUCGGUCGUGAGCAUCCUUGCUCAGGAACUUGGCCCUCAGGGAGCGACUCUGGUGCUGUUCCACCCGGGAUGGGUCCAGACCGACAUGGGCGGUUCCAACGCCGAUCUUACGGUCUCGACCAGUGUCUCGUCGAUUCUCAAGGUUGUUCAUGGUCUGAAGCACGAAGACAACGGCAAGUUCUUCAACUACGAUGGCACCACCAUUCCUUGGUAGAGGACGCCUAUAUACAGGGUUGACAAUAUAAAUGCAAUUGAUAUACAGCC